AUGUCCAGGGAUCAUUCCACAGUAACAGUGCCACCAUUACUUGGAGGUUUGGAGAUGUUACGUGUGCCAGUGUUUGUUCACAUGCUUCAUCCUGUCUUUAUUUCAAUACAGGCCGAAACAAACUGGUGGAAAAAUCUGGGGGCUAGAGGAAGCUCAAGCUGGUGGAAAAAUCUGUGUUCUUUGGACUUAGGAAGGCUGGAAGAUACAAAUGAAUAUUCUGUAAAGGACGUGUACAAGGACCUAAUGCCUACGGGUACCGAGGAGUCUAGGAAUCCAUGGUCAAAAAUUUGGAACAAAGCGAUCCCAACAAAGGUAUCUUGUUUGGUCUGGAGACUGGUUCAGAAUAGAAUCGCAACGACUGACAAUAUAGUUAAAAGGGCUAUAGGGUUGCAGGGCCAGGUUGGUUGCGCUGGAGGCUGCGGGAGUGAUGAGUCGGUAGCACAUCUGUUUUUCGAAUGUAAGUGUUUUGCAGGUAUAUGGAGCAGCAUUUGUAAGUGGGUGAGUGUUACUUCUGUACUGCAUAAUGAAGGCUGGCAGCACAUGAGCCAGUUCGAAAAUCUUCUAGGAGGCGGAAUAUCGAUGUCCCUAAAGCUUAGGGUGCUGUGGUGUGCUGGUAUUUGGUGCAUAUGGAAGGCUAGGAACAACAAAAUUUUCUGCAAUGAAGAUAUUCAGAUUAUUAAGGUGUUAGAGGAUGUAAAAGUCUUCUCUUGGAAAUGGCUUAAGAUUAAAUCAAAAUUGAUCGAGGACGACUUCGCAAUGUGGUGCUUAAAUCCUAAGUCGGUCUGUGUGUUGUCGAUUGGUUCGGUUCUGUAUUGGGCAUUACGUCCUGGUAGUUUGGCAGUGUUGUGGAUGAUUGCUUGUAUCAGAAUUUACUGCACUACUUGUGCUGCUAUUUAA